AUCAUAUGUAAUCAGCUGGCCGAAAUCGUUACUAUGACAAAAUUCCGCUGUAAUUAGUGUACACAGCUGAGUUUUGAUGACGAACUCUCAGAGUUGAUGAAAACGCUUAAUGUUUUGCGUGUUCACAAGCCUUGGGCGAGCAUCGUUUCAGCUAUGGGGAAAAUGAAAGUUUUUCUCCCCGUUGCCGUUUUUCUUCUGAUGAAUUUUCAGUUUGUCACUACGCAAGACUGGCUGAAAGUCUCAAAAGAGCAGUUGAAGAUUCUCAGAGAUCAGGUUAGCGGUAGUCAUGGCUUCUACCAACAGCAAGCUGAUCUGGUGUUCUUAGUGGACACCUCGGGCAGUUUAUGGACAAGCGACUUCAACGAAGAAAAGAAAUUCGUCAUGAACUUACUGAACGAGAUGAGCGUAGGCCUGCAAGCAACCCGCGUUGAGGUGAUACCGUUCGGAAGUACAGCAACGAAAUUCAUUACUCAAAUUUCGGCUCCCGAUGUAACAAAGAACAAGUGUACGUUCAACGAAAGGUUUAAGUCGAUGUCCCACAGCAUCAAUGGCUGGAUGACAAACAUGAGAGACGCCUUUCAAUUAGCCUGGGAGGUCUGCCUCAAUAACGCUUUGAAGAGACAGCCAAAUACUAAGAUUAAAACUGUCGUUAUCCUUCUCACAGAUGGCUACUGGAAUUACCCUUACCAUGAUUCCAGCCCCAUCUCUCGAGCGCAGAAACUGCUAGCGGGUCAUGUGGAGGUAUUUGCCAUAGGCGUAGGGUAUGUCGACUUCCCCAGACUUCGACAACUCGUUGACGACCCCGACAAGCACGCAUUUCAUUUGAGAGACUUCAACGAAUUCGCUGAACUUGCAACUUAUAUCAGAGGAGAUCCUUACGAACAACUUUGGCAAACAGAAAAUGUACCUGCGUCGAAAUGUAACAAUAACUGCGAUCCAAAUGCCAGUUGUUCCUGUGGCUUAGUGUACGGUGACUAUAGAUGCGGAUGUUCAAUGGGAUAUGCAGGCUCUGGAUACGUAGGUCAAUGUAUCGAGUGCCCAUUUUCAACCUACAAGGAUUUCCGUGGAUAUGCGGCCACAUGCACAGCUUGCCCUGCUAACUCUGGUCACCAGCGUAAAGGCAGCAGAAGUAUCGUAGACUGCAAAUGUUUUACAGGAUAUGCUGGCACACCACAAACCGGAGCAGCUUGUACAAUCCGUCAUUGUGAGACGCUGACAUGGCCAGCCAACGGAUUUAUAAAAGGGAACUGUUAUAACACUUAUGGAUCGACAUGCACGUUUGAAUGUUUAGAGGGGUUCGAAAUGUCUGUCGGAACUACCAGUAGAACAUGUACUGUCCAGGCUGGAGAUGUAAUGCGUUGGAGUGGAACCGCUGUUCAAUGUACAGCUAUUGUCUGCAAACUCAAGUCUGUCCCCAACGCUAAUCCCCCUACGGGAACAUGUACCAAACCUGACGGAAGCCCAGCAACCAACAUGGUAUAUCAGACAAAGUGUACCUAUAAAUGCAGGACUGGGUUCCAACGUGAAGGGAACGAAAACAUCACGUGUCGGCUGGAAAAAACGUGGGCUCCUCUACCGCAUCCUACUUGUAAAGAGAUAACAUGCCCAGCGCUUCCCAAAGCUUCUGUUGGUUGGUACUUCCCGAAAACGUGUGACAACAGCACCCAACCAUAUGGCACAAACUGCAGGCUUAACUGCCCAUCCGGAUAUCACAUCAAUAACCUUCCUCACGAUAUAUCAAGUUACCAAAGGACAUGUCUGUUAAAUGGCACAUGGGAAUACAGAUCCACUACUCCAGUUUGUCUAGAUUAUCAACCGCCAGUGUUAGAGUGCCCAACCGGCACGUUAAAGUUAAACAACAGCAAGGGGGAAAAUGUUUCAAGUGCUAACUGGAAUUUCACAUUUAAGGACAACUCGUUGACUGAGAACGAGCCUGGGAUAACGGUGGAUUUAUUUAAGGUCGUACUGACGAUAGAGAAAAAGGAAGUGGAUACAAAACUUCCCAAGUUAAUAGGAAUCGGCUCAAAUGACGUGAAGUACGUUGUGACGGAUAACGCCGGAAAUUCGGCCUCAUGUUCCUUUACUGUUGAAGUAACAGACACAGAAGCGCCAACGUGUGGUUUUUGUCCACCGGACAUAACCAUAGACAAUGCCACUGGCCUUGAAAUAAGAGUGAACUGGCUUAGGCCGAAAUGUUCUGACAACUCCGGACAGCCACCAUCCAUCAUCUCCAACACACAGACUGGAGCAUUGUUUCCGGUGCCAAGCUCCAGGGAAGUAACAUAUACCGUCAGCGAUGAAGCGAAUAACCAGAACAAAAACUGUCAUUUUAGAAUUACAAUCAGGAAGAAGUCUUGUCCACUGUACCCGCCUCCAAAGAACGGUGCUCUGGUCUGCCACAUAUAUGGAACCGACCGAUCUUGCUCCGUUAAGUGCCAAAAAGACAACGACUUUGUUUUCAAUCCUCCUUAUCUGUACUUCUGCUCAUCUGGAACAUGGAACUAUUAUGCCUUACCGGGUCAAAAUUACAGCAAGACAUUACCGUGGCCAGAUUGUUCUAAAACUGAGAAUCCUUCUUGGUUGAAGUUGAACAACCAUCCACUUUUCUUUUACGACGGAGACUGCAAUGAUCCCAAUGUGCAAACUAGGCUAAAGGAGAGUUUCCUUAAUAACAUCCUCAGGAGUCCCAAAGUACCGCCGUUCUUCUGUUUAUUAAAGCCCCAGUGCAACAUGAGCACAAUAGAGAUAUUCUGUGGAGCUACUUCGGUGCCAGAGAGCAGACGGAAGAGACGCUCUGUCAGAGAGGUCACAUUCAACUAUGACUACAUCGAGAAAGGCAUUGGCCUCACGCAAGGAACCAAUGACAACGCAGGUCAGGCCGCGUUCAAUGCAGAGAAAGCAAGACUGGAAACGUCGAGGACACAGGUUUAUGACGGCCUGAAAACAAUCAACUGGGGAGAAUUUCAGGCAUCAUCAGGACUAGAAUUAAAAAACAAAGACGUCGACAACUUCAACCUCGGACCGGUUGACGCUUAUUGUUCAGAGGAGGGUGCCGUGGUUAAGAAGUGUUCUGAAGCCGACAUCAACUGUUUUGAACCACCAUGCAAGUGCAACAAGGAUACAGGGGCAGUCACAAAAUGCACGCGCUGUCCUGUGGGAACGUAUUAUGACAGACCCGCAGAUGACUGUCUUCUAUGUCCAGAAGGCUCGUACAGCCCCAGAGAAGGUGCUCUGGUGUGUGAAAGAUGUCCAGAAGGGACAUGGACUUUAGGAACAAGGAAAGAGAACUUUACAGCCUGCACAGAUGAAUGUGGCCCAGGACUGUAUUCUCCAACUGGUAUAGCUAAGUGCUUCAUCUGCCCUAGUGGUACCUACUCUGCACAAAAACGAAACAAAGCCUGCAGUAAUUGCCCAGCAGGCACUGUAACUGUCAUUAGUGCAGCUAAAGGAAUCCAGGAUUGUGGAAUGCAAUGUGCUCCGGGAACAUACUCAGAAAAUGGAGUGGAACCGUGCUUGCCUUCUCCUGUUGGAACGUAUCAGAAUUUUCUUGGGCAAACAUCCUCCCUGCCUUGUCCGGGACAAGAAUCUACACACGGCACUGGGGCAAGUUCCCUGGCAUUCUGUACAGAGGUGGACACAUGUGUUUCGAGCCCGUGCAUGAAUGGUGGAACAUGUGUGAACACGAAAGAAUCUUACCGAUGUGACUGCAAACCUGGAUUCCAAGGACAGAAUUGCGAGAUAGAAAUCAACGAGUGUCUCUCUUCGCCGUGUUACGAGGCAUCCACUUGUGUCAACAAGGUGAAUGCGUUCAAAUGCUUGUGUACUGCUGUAUACACGGGCAAUCAGUGCGAACUUCCUUUCAGUCUUUGCACACAACGCACACCUUGUGUCAAUGGGGGAAAAUGCAUUGAUAAAGCAGGAACAUUCGAUUGUCAGUGCCCCCAGGGGUACAGUGGAAAGUUCUGCGAUCUGAAUAUAGACGAAUGUACCGCAAACCCUUGCCAAAAUAACGGUGUAUGCAUCAGUGGUUUGGAUUCCUACUCUUGCAAGUGUCAUCAAGGAUACAGUGGUGCGAAUUGCCAGAUCGAUAACAAUGACUGCGCUGGGGAUCCAUGUAAGAAUGGGGGUACCUGUGUGGACGAUUUACGAUCGUACAAAUGCCAAUGCCCCGUUGGUUACACUGGCGUCAACUGCGAGCAUGCCAUUGAUCACUGCGUGGGACAGCCAUGUAAUAACGGUGGCACAUGUGUAAAUACACCAACUGGUUACAACUGCAAGUGUGCACCUUCAUAUUACGGAUGUCGCUGCUCUAAAGUACUUUCGUCUGACUACGAUCUGUCUCUUCAAGUCAGAGAAAUCAAGUCAUAUUCCGAGAGCAAAAAGGAAGUUCCAAACCUUAGCGCGUUGACCAUUGCUUUUUGGAUGCGUACCAGUGAUAGUAACCCAGGUACGGUGAUCUCCUACGCCACUCAAGAAGUCAAUAAAGUGCAGGACAACGCAAUGACCUUGCAGGACUCUGCUGCUUUCAACCUUUUUGUAAACAACAUUACAGUCUACACGGGCCUGAACGUAAACGACGGUCAGUGGCAUCACGUGGCAGUUACGUGGGAGAGCGCGGGAGGGACAUGGCACUCGUAUAAAGAUGGCGUGAAAAUUAGAAGCUCUGCUGAGCCUUUCCAACAGGGCGAAGUUAUUUCUGGAGGUGGUGUAUUGAUCCUUGGCGAAGAGCAAGACGAAAUAGGUGGUGGGUUUAAUACUGAAGAAAGCUUUAUCGGCGAUGUUAGUCAAAUGAACAUCUUUGAUUACACCCUGUCAGAAAACGACAUUUACAACCUUGCAUACAGCUGUGAUCAUGUCAAGGGAAAUGUUGCAGCUUGGGGCGACUUCAGAGAGCAGCUGGAUGGAGAGUACCACUUGACUGAUAAAUCGUACGCCUGUGACUUUGCCGCCGCGCAGAGAAAAUUCUCUUUAACUUACAAGUCCUACAUAUCUGGAAACGAUGACAAAACGGUGGAUAACACGUCCCCAGAAGCCUGCGCGUCGGCUUGCUUGUCGGAAGCUUCCUUUAUCUGCAGGUCGUUUGACUUUGAUGACUCCUCCAAGAAGUGUUACCUGAGCCACAAAUCAACCGUUAACAGUGUGUUGGCAAGCUCAUCAAACUUCAGAUUCUUCCAAUUGAACUGCCUUAAAAGCCUUGGGGUAUCGACAAACAGCCGUAUUCCUGACGCUGAUAUGACAGCAUCCACCUCAUAUGAUUCUAAACACGCGCCGUUGGGAGGUCGUCUGAAUUUUCAAGCUCAGGUUAACUCUGCGGGACAAACCACUCAGAUCGGAGGUUGGGCUGCCCUACAUAAUGACCAAAAUCAGUAUCUCCAAAUCAAGUUUGGCCAGAUUUUUCAGAUAACUGGAGUGGUCACUCAAGGCAGAGCGGACGCUGCUCAAUGGGUGAAGAGCUACAAACUCGAAUACAGCACCGACGGAUCAACUUGGACUUACUAUCCAAACACCCUUACUGGCAACAAUGACCAGGACACAGAGGUUCGUAAUGAAGUCAGAAUGUUUCAAGCUUUGUACCUCAGGUUUAGACCACAGUCAUGGCAGGCACAUAUCUCGAUGAGAGUUGAGGCUUAUGGCUGCCCACUGCCAAUCGUCAAACCUCAAGAUAAUACCAAUGAGUGCAGCACAUCACCUUGUCAGAACGGAGGAACUUGUAUCAACAGAUAUAACGACUACCUGUGCUUAUGUAAAAGCGGCUUUACAGGAAAGAAUUGUCAGACAGCGACCAACUGUAAGGCGCUUGGGGCACCAAUUUAUGGCACAAAGUCUUCGUCCAAUUACAACGUAGGAAGUACGAUCACAUUCACAUGCAAUGCAGGAUAUUCUCUCCAGGGAUCCACAUCUAGAACAUGCCAGGGAGGAGGGUGGACUGGAACCCAUCCGAAGUGUCUAGAUAUAGAUGAAUGCGCCAAUAAUCCUUGCAAUCAAUGGUGUAAGAACACUAAUGGAGGAUACAUUUGCCACUGUCACAAAGGCUAUGAACUUCAAGGGAAAAACACAUGUGUUGAUAUCAACGAGUGUUCAAUUUCUAACGGUGGCUGUUCCCACUCGUGCCACAACUCUGCUGGUUCAUUCUCUUGUUCCUGUCCGAGUGGUCUCGAGUUGGAUUCUGGGAAAAGAAGUUGCAGAGAUAUCGAUGAAUGUGCAACAUCAAAUGGUGGAUGCGAACACACAUGCGUCAACACGUACCAGUCAUUCUACUGCGUUUGUAGACCAGGAUACUUCCUUGCAGGAGACAAAAAGAACUGCCAAGCAUUGUCAUGUCCCAGCUUGAGCAACCCAGCCAAUGGUAACGUGGCUCUGAGUUCCGGACUGGCUUUGGGAAGUACAGCAACAUACACGUGUAUCAAUGGCUACAGAACAUCAUUUUCAUCCUUACGAUACUGUCAAGCAGACGGUCAGUGGUCGGGGGAACAACCUACCUGCAUACGCGUUCAGUGUGCGGAAAUCGGUCAAGUAGAAAACGCCAACCCCGUUGUGUUAACUGGAAGAGAUGGCAACAAGAAUGUCCUUGGAACCCAGGCUACCUUUACGUGUAAAGCAAAUUACGCCAUGGUGGGAGAUGCCGUUAGAACGUGUCAGCAAGAUGGAACAUGGAGCGGAAUACAACCAAGAUGCAUUGCUGCCUUCUGCAGCCCAGUUCCAGUCCCUACUAAUGGAGCAGUUCAAGGCUACCGUUAUGAACUGGGCGCCACUCUACGAAUCACCUGUGACAGAGGCUUCAAACUGGUGCCAGCUAGCUCAUCAUUCAGAACUUGUAUCUCCGAUGGCCAAGGAAAAGGGAAAUGGUCAGAGGUGGAUCCUGCUUGCGACUUGAUUGACUGUGGUGAUCCAGGACCCCCUUAUGGUGGUUACCGUCACAUAGCAACCGACACUAAGUACAACUCCACUGUGACAUACACAUGUAAGCCAGAUCAUCACCUGGAGGGAGAGGACAGUCAAGUUUGUCAAGCCGAUGGACUUUGGAGUGGCUCCAAACCUGUUUGUUUAGAGCGCUCCUGUGGUAAUCCUGGUGUCCCAGACAAUGGACAAAAAAGUUCGUCGACCUACCAAUAUGGCAACUCCGUCACGUUCACUUGUAACGUUGGUUACACCUUGCAGGGAUCCAGUGUUCGUACGUGUCAAACUAACGGCCAGUGGACUGGCACACAACCUACAUGCCAAAUUGUAAGCUGUGGCGACCCGGGUACACCGACUAAUGGUGUCAGAUAUGGAAAUACGUUUACCUACCAGAGCACAGUAGUGUUGGAAUGUGAUCCUCAGUACAAACUUACUGGCGACCUUACCAGGAUUUGCCAAGCAGAUGGCUCAUGGUCAGGAGCUCCGCCCACUUGUCAACACACGAGCUGUGGAACAUUCCUAAAUGGGCCAAGUGGUACGGUGACGUCGACAAACUACCCUGGAAAUUACCAAGACAACGAAUACUGCACGUGGCAGAUACAGGUUCCAGUGAACAAGAAAAUCAGACUUGACUUUACCGAAUUUAAGACGGAGACUGGUAAAGAUUUCGUGCUGAUCUACGACACAAGUCAAUACGACAGGCCUGUCAUCGUAUUUGACGGAACAACGUACAAACCGCCACCGUUUACUUCAUCCGGGAAUGUGCUGCGAGUGAGAUUCAUCAGUGAUGGGGCCACAACUAGGAAAGGAUUCAGUUUCAACUACAAGCAAGUCGCGUCAAACUGCGGAGGCGUAUACGAAGAAGGAACUGGCACAAUCACGUCCCCAGGCUAUCCAAGUGGUUAUCCGAACAACGUUGACUGCGUGUGGCUGCUGUAUCGCGCAGUGGAGUACCCAGACUUCAUCUUCACUGAUUUCAACACAGAAGAUAAUUAUGACUUGGUGAAGAUUACCGCUGGAAGAUUUGGCGAACACCUUUUAACAUACGGCUGGGGAGGGGGUUCCCUUCCUACCGCCUCCUUUUAUAAGGAGGGGGAGCAUUACAUGUGGAUCCAGUUUACAACCAACGGAGUUAACCCAUCAGGCCGUCUCUAUACUGGGUGGACUGGGACUUACCAGAAAUACUGGCCUUACGUUAGCAGCAAGAAGAAGAAGAGAAGUUUAAUGGAAACUCCAGACGCCUGAUAGCAUCUAAUACUUGUAUCAGUGAAAAAGUGGGUUUCGUAACACUGUAGUAGAUUAAAAGCAAAUAUUACGCACAACAGUGCAGUAAUAAAGUGUCCGACAGAACCACAAAA